AUGCGAUGCGCGAGCAAGGCCGCCGAGAGCGCGUCUGCACGUCUCUGUGCGGACGCCGAAGCAGAAACAACAGCAACUGAUGUCUCAUCGGUUGCUGAAGCGACCCAGCCUGUGUCACUUGGUGACGCAGGCGCUGGUCAUGAAGACACUCGUGUCUUCACAGAGUACGAGCUCGGUGUCUCGUACUCUCCUGAUACGGAUGACGGAUCCGUAUCGACGGCGAUUGAAUCUAAGCCGCCUGCCAAGCGUGGCAUGGACGAUGCUUUGCGUCGCAGCAUCUUUGGUUCAUCUGAUGAGUCAGAUGAACCAUCGCCGAAGCGAAGGCGCUCGAGGUCGCGAGACUCGGGCGCUAAUAGUGGUGUCGGUUCUCCAAUGGACACCACUUCACAGCGAGGUGCCAGUACUUCUGUCGGCACGUCGCAGGAAGAGCGGGACCGCAAUGUGUUGCGUCUCGCUCCAGAAAAGAAGGCAUUCUACGUCAACCAUCAAUUGGGAGCGGGGCUCCCAAGAAUCCCAGGACGGGGGAUAGCCGCGCCACCGGACGAGGUAACUCGUCCGACGUCCGUUCACGUCGCGGUGGUUCAACAGCUGCUCAACUAG